AUGGGGGAAGCGCGUCGCAAAUAUAAUGAAAAACACACUCAUACACAAAAACCACAAAUUUCAUACGCCAACAUCACCAACCCAACCUUGAACAAACCAAGCACAAAAACAACGCCAAAUACAUCUACAUCUACAUCCGCAACAUACAAACGCCCAGCUUCGCCAACAAAAGCUAAUAUAACUAAAAUAGCAAAAACUCAAACGCAUAUUAACAAACUCAUAACCGACAACGACUCUACUACCAAUAAGACAUCCACCCAAAUUACUCAAUUUACAAACGAAAAUGUAAACUCAAACAAGAAAAAUCUACCAACAACUAAUCCUUCUCACGAAGACUCACAUACCCACUCUAGCCAAACGCAAAUCACUUCGCAAACCAACACCACUUCAUCUCCACUCAGCCAAAUAACACAACAAUUAUUAAACGAAAGCAGCUAUUUCAUGUCAGUCUUUGAUUCCGAAGAACAGCCUAAACUAUAA